ACCAUGGCUGCGGACCACGCAAAGAUGACCAGGGAAAGGAGAUCCCGAAGCUCCGAACAAGCUAACUUCCAACGCGAAGGGGGCCCAGGCGCCAGGUCCACACGAUGCGACCGUCAAACGCUGGACCCAGAGCAUACAGGAGGCCCUGAAUGUGUCAAGGAUGAAGCUUCCCCUGAGCUGACGUAAUUUGUUGUUUCACUCUGAGCUGGACUCUCUGCAUGUCCUUGGGAGGCAAGACAGGCACUAGCUAGUCUAUGACAGGCUGGGAUAAUGUUUGUGCAGCUGGGGUCCUUUGCAGUUCUCAAGGGAAAAGAAGAAGGUUUUUGCUGUCACCUUGUUCCACCCCAUGGGGAGUGGUUGUGUCUUUUUCCCCACCUUUGCUGCACUGUUCCCCCUCCCAUGUCAUGCCCCCUCCUGGUAUCCCCUCUUCCCUUUGUCCUGCUAUUAUAAAAAUGUAAACUUCUGUAAAGACUGGGAACCCUUUGGGUUCCACAUGCAUGUUCAUUUAUCUUGCCAUAAACCUGGUUUUCACAUAAGUCUUGUGAUGUGAUUGCCGGGUGACAUUUUGGUGGCAGCAGUGGGAUAUGAAGAGAGAAAGGGACUCAGACUGGUCAGAGGGUUCAGAUGCAGGGCUCAGUACCGGCAUUAUUUUUCCCCCCACCUGUAUCAGAUCUCUGAUUUGGGGAAUUUCACUCCACUCCUAUCUCAGACUCCCCUCUCUUUGGGUCUAGUUUCUCAUUACAAGAGAAAGCAGGUUGUCUGUGGUAAAGGGGACAAAGAGUGCUUGGUCCUGAAAGCGGGCUGUCAUGUCGGACUUCGAGCUGGAGGAUCUCCGGAGCACCUUCCCCUCUUACAUGGCGGAGGGAGAGCGGCUGUACUUAUGCGGGGAAUAUCAAAAGGCGGCUCUGAGCUUCACCAAAGCUCUUCGCCUUCAGGAGGGUGACCGAAACUGCCUGGUUGCUCGGUCUAGGUGUUAUCUGAAGUUAGGAGAUUUGGAGAAUUCCCUGAAAGAUGUUGAGGAAUCUCUCAAAAAUGACCAGACUUUCUGCAAGGGAAUUUUCCAAAAGGCAGAAACCCUGUAUACUAUGGGAGAUUUCGAGUUUGCUUUGGUGUAUUAUCACAGAGGCUACAAGCUGCGGCCUGAGCGGGAAUUCAAAGUCGGGAUUCAGAAAGCUCAGGAAGCCAUUAACAACUCAGUAGGAAGUCCUUCCUCAGUGAAGUUGGAGAACAAAGGGGACCUCUUCUUCUUAAGCAAACAGGCAGAGAGUAUGAAAGCCCAACAGAAGACUCCCCUCAGGCAACUCUGGAAGGACACCAAGGCAGAAAGUAAACGGAAGAACUCACUGAAGAGCCAGAAGACUGUUCGACAGCUGCUAGGAGAGCUUUAUGUGGACAAGGAAUAUCUGGAAAAGCUUCUUAAGGAUGAAGACCUGAUCAAAGGUACUAUCAAGCAUGGAAUGACUGUGGAAGAUUUGAUCAUGACUGGCAUCAAUUACCUAGAUACCCGGACUGACUUCUGGAGGCAGCAGAAGCCAAUCUAUGCUCGGGAGCGGGAUCGGAAGCUUAUGCAAGAGAAGUGGGUGCGAGAUCGGAAGCGCCGCCCCUCUGAGACUGCCCGCUAUAUUCUCAAGAGCCUGGAGGAAAUUGACAUGUUACUUACUAGUGGCAGUGCUGAGGGGAGCUGCCAGAAAGCUGAGAAAGUGCUGAAGAAGGUGAUGGAGUGGGACAAGGAAGAAGUGCCCAACAAAGAUGAGCUGCUUGGCAAUUUAUACAGUUGCAUUGGGAAUGCACAGAUUGAAAUGGGGCACAUGGCAGCUGCAUUGCAAAGCCAUCGGAAGGACCUGGAGAUUGCCCGAAAUUAUGAACUGCCUGAUGCCAAAUCUCGAGCCCUGGAUAACAUUGGCAGGGUCUUUGCAAGAGUUGGGAAAUUCCAGCAAGCCAUUGACACGUGGGAGGAGAAGAUCCCGCUAGCAAAAACCAGCCUGGAGAAGACCUGGCUGUUCCAUGAGAUCGGCCGCUGCUACCUGGAACUCAACCGGCCUUGGGAGGCUCAGGAGUAUGGGGAGAAGUCUCAGGCGUGUGCUGAAGAGGAGGGUGAUGUUGAGUGGCAACUCAAUGCCAGUGUUCUGGUGGCCCAGGCACAAGUUAAGCUGAAAGACUAUGAGGCUGCCGUGAGCAACUUUGAGAAAGCCUUGGAGAGGGCAAAGCUUGUCCACAACGAUGAGGCCCAGAACGCCAUCAUCAGUGCCUUGGAUGAUGCCAACAAGGGCAUCAUUGAAGAACUGAGAGCGACUCGAAGCUCUGACAGUGGCAAAGGCAAGAAAGACAAAGUGAGAGCAGUCCCCUGGGCAUUCUCUUGGCCUGCCUUUUAUCCCUACCAAAUUGUAGCUCAUGAGGGGCAGAGGUGGCACUUAUAUCCACAAGGACAGAAUCAGGUCUGCGGGAUGUGUGGCCCAGCCUGGGUGCCCAUAGGCCCCGGUGUCAUUAUUCUAUCACACAACAUUCUUUCAACAAGCAUUUAUUUAUGCCUACUGUGUGCCAUGAGGUUAUGGCUAGCAACAUUUCAGAAGUCAGAAGUAAUGGAGCAGAAAAACAAUUUGAAGAAAACUUGGCAAUAUAGCUCUAAGCAAGGUCAUCCAAAUGAUAUUCAAGGAUAACUACGGAAAGAAGACUGCAAAUAGAAGAAAAAUGGAAAAGAUUUGAAAAAAAAAUUUCAUCACAGUUUUCUCCAUCAAGAAUAGUAGAACCAUCACACCUAUCAUGGCAAUCCCUGAGGUGCCUUAAUGGCACAAAAGAGAGAAUGAAGACAGGAAAAACAGCCAGGUUAGAUCCAGUAGAGUAUACAGAGAAAAGCUCUGUGCUGGAGGUGAUAUAUUUGUGAGGUCAUUGAAAGACAACAUACAAGGUAUCUGAAGGAAAAUACCAAAAGUAUGGGGAAAAACUCAGACUUUAAUAUUAAAAAAAUCUACUUGAAAGAUC